AUGGCUGAGCUCAAGCAAUAUCACUCCCAACUCAUCCGGCUCGGCCUCUCAGCCGACAACGACGCCAUGGGCCGAGUCAUCAAGUUCUGUGCAAUAUCCAGAAAUGGUGAUAUGGGUUAUGCCCUCCAGGUCUUCGAUACAAUUCCCCACCCAGACGCAUUCAUUUACAACACAAUAAUGAGAGGUUACUUGCAAUCUCAACGCCCCAGAAACUGCAUUCUCUUGUACUCACAGAUGUUGCAAGACUCUGUUGCACCCAAUAGAUAUACCUUCCCUUCUGUUAUAAGAGCUUGUAGCGACGAUAAUGCUAUUGAAGAAGGGAAACAAGUCCAUGCCCAUGUUGUGAAAUUCGGGUUUGAAGCAGAUGGGUUUUCUCAAAACAAUUUGAUUUAUAUGUAUGUGAAUUUCCAGUCUUUGGACAAAUCAAGGAGGGUCUUUGAUAAGAUGCUUGUGCGGGAUGUUGUGUCGUGGACCAGUUUGAUUACUGGGUACUCGCAGUGGGGAUUUGUUGAUGACGCUUUUGAAGUUUUUGAGCUGAUGCCUGAGAGGAAUUCUGUUUCUUGGAAUGCCAUGAUUGCGGCCUAUGUCCAGAGCAAUCGUUUUCACGAGGCAUUUGCUUUGUUUGAUAGGAUGAGAGGGGAACAGGUUGUGUUGGAUAAGUUUGUGGCGGCUAGUAUGUUAUCUGCUUGUACAGGGUUAGGAGCUUUAGAGCAAGGGAAGUGGAUACAUGGGUAUAUCGAGAAGAGUGGGAUUGAAUUGGACUCAAAGCUAGCAACAACUAUUAUCGACAUGUAUUGUAAAUGUGGUUGCUUGGAAAAGGCUUUUGAAGUCUUCAAAGGGUUGCGCUAUAAAGGGAUAUCUUCAUGGAAUUGCAUGAUUGGGGGUCUAGCAACGCAUGGUAAAGGGGAGGCUGCCAUUCAGCUCUUCAAGGAGAUGGAGAUGGAGAUGGUAGCUCCUGAUAACAUCACUUUUGUGAAUCUCCUCAGUGCAUGUGCUCAUUCAGGGUUAGUGGAGGAGGGGCGUCAUUACUUCCGCCGCAUGGUUGAGGUCCAUGGCAUUGAGACCAGAAGAGAACAUUUUGGAUGCAUGGUUGAUCUAUUUGGAAGAGCUGGAAUGCUGGAGGAAGCAAGAAAGCUUAUCAAUGAGAUGCCCAUGAGCCCCGAUGCUGGUGUUUUGGGUGCUCUCCUUGGAGCUUGUAAAAUCCACGGAAACAUUGAGUUGGGAGAGCAAAUAGGGAGGAAAGUAAUUGAACUAGAGCCUAACAACAGCGGGCGCUAUGUGUUAUUAGCUAAUUUAUAUGCCAAGGCUGGUAGAUGGGAAGAUGUGGCUAAUGUAAGGAAACUAAUGAAUGACAGGGGGGUGAAGAAGGCUCCUGGUUUUUCCAUGAUUGAAUUGGAGGGUGUCCUCAAUGAAUUCAUUGCAGGUGGAAGGGCUCAUCCCCAGGCUGCAGAGAUUUAUGCCAAAGUUGAUGAGAUGUUAGAGCGCAUAAAAUCUUUUGGCUAUGUACCCGACAGUGAUGGAGUAUUGCAUUAUGAUCUGGAUGAGGAGGAGGAGCAAAAGGAAAACCCCUUGUACUACCAUAGUGAGAAACUAGCAAUCGCCUUUGGCCUGUUGAAAGCCAAACCAGGACAAACUCUUCGUAUCUCAAAGAACCUGCGAGUCUGUAAAGAUUGUCACCAUGCAACUAAGCUCAUCUCAAAGGCUUAUGAUUGUGAAAUCAUUGUCAGGGACAGAAAUCGCUUCCACCAUUUCAGAAUGGGAGAGUGUUCUUGUAAAGAUUAUUGGUAA